AUGGUCAAGAGACGUGCUGAAGUUGCUGCACAGAAGUACUAUCUUCCCCCGACCAAAUUGAUCCCGAACUCGCAAUAUCCACUCCUAUAUUAUCCCGGCAUCUUGUCCCCAGAUUCAAAGUCGAUCGCUUCUCAGUUUUACGACCUUCUAUCCAGCAAUGGCUGGGAGGCACAGUGGAUCUUCCGCUAUGGCCAAACGCAGGAUUCCCACUACCAUUCCUCAUGCCACGAGUGCAUGGUUGUGCUCACAGGUAACGCGACCAUCCGGUUCGGCGUUGCCGAUACGAGCGAAGACAUGAACGAGAAUACCUAUGGCUCGGGCAAAGAGGAUGGAGGCAUCGAGCUCAAGGUGAAGGCGGGUGACGUGAUUCUUAUCCCCGCUGGCGUCGCCCACAAAACCUAUGACGCCAAGCCCGAUGACGAGUUCAAACUGAUGUCUCCCGGCAACGGUCACGGCUUCCCUGCAGGUUCUCGAGAGAAGUUGGACGAGAUCAAUCUGACUGGGUUCACGAUGAUGGGAUCCUACCCGGCGGAAGCAAAGGAAUGGGAUUUUGCUGUUGGGGGCGAGGGAGCUUCAGCUUAUGCCAAAGUAUGGUCUGUCCCUCCUCCCAAGCUCGAUCCAGUGCUGGGAGAUUCGGACGAUGGAUUGGUUGGUCUUUGGAGACAGACGUCAUCUCAUGUGCCAGCACAAGGAAGCAUCCCAUCCAAACUAUGA